UAAUCCAUGCACAUGACGAGUGAUAAGAAAAACUCUAUAAAUAGCAUAGGAUAUUCAAGUGAACAAACAAACCACUAGAAAAGAAGAAAAAAAGGCUUAUAUAUCAUUUUAUAGUUCUACUAUAUAAUGGCACCUGCGAAGUUCCGAAUCGGUUACUGGCUUGCAUCCACAGAGAAAUCAUUUUCACCCGAAAAUGACUCUACUGUACCCUUAUUUACUCACCUCUAUUACGCCUUUCUUCAAGUUCAAGAGGGAACCGGAGAGCUGAUUAUCCCUCCCGAACUUGAGGAAGAUAUGAGGUCUUUUGUCAAUUGCGCUCAUGACAAAAAUAAGAAAGCUCUAGUGUCCAUUGGAGGCCCGAAAACAAAGACCGAUGACCCUUCCUCCGCUAUCUCUAUGAUGGCAAGGAGCGCUGACAAACGUAACAAGUUUGUUGAGUCGACCUUAGCUUUCGCUAAAGACUUUGGCUUUGAUGGUUUUGAGCUUGCUUGGGAAUAUCCAAAAACGAAAAAUGAAAUGAGAAACCUAAGCAAUCUCUUUAGCGGUUGGAAAUCUUCUUUGAAAUCAUCUAAAGAUGAUACAAAGAACCUACUACUCUCAAUUGCAGUUUAUUGCAAACCCAUUAUUCCAAAUAUUUCUUCAAAUCAAGAAAUCAAAUACCCUCACGAACUCGAAAAUUAUGUUGACAUUUUCAAUAUAAUCCUCUACAAUUAUUGUCCAGUCACUUGUCAACAUUCCCAAUUCAAUCCUAGCAACCCUGGCCCUAAUAACAGCAGUGAAGACUCGAUUAAGAGUUGGACCACUACAAGUGGAUUUUCGACCUAUAAACUAGUUAUGGGCAUUCCCUUGUACGGACAAAAAUGGAUAUUGGGUGAUCAAAAAGAUAUCAGCAUUGGGGCACCAACUAUUGCCUAUGUUGGUCCCGUUGCGUAUAAAGAUAUCCCUGAUCCAGAAGGUGGGAUCUUUGAUAAGGAGGUUACCAAGUGCAUGUACAAGGCUGAUAAAACUACUUGGUAUGGGUACGAAGCUACAUCUUCUAUAACUGAAAAGGUCGAUUAUGCUAAUAAACAUCUUGGUGGGUAUUUCCUAUAUGCCAUCGGGGAUGAUGAUGAUGAUCGAACCAUGUGUACUGCAGCUGCAGGUAUAAAAUACUAUCGUAGUCAUAUUAUUGUCACUACAAAAAAUCUUACUUUUAGUCACAAUAAAAUUUGUGACUAACGAUAAAAAAGUUGUGGCUAAUUGUAAAUUAUCAUUAUUGUGUUGUGACUAAAAGGUCCAUGACUAAAAGUAUUCAUCACAAAAAUUACAAUUUGUUGUGACUAAGUAUAUUUUUAGUCACAAUAUUUGUUGUGACUAAAACUAAAUUAGUGACAACUUGUAACUAAAAAUUAUGUUUUAGUCACAAGUAACUUUUUGUUGUGACUAAAAGUCUCAUUUAGUCACAAAAAAUUCAUGUUGUGACUAAAUAAUUGUCACUAAAGGUAGCAGAUUUUUGUAGUGUGUGCUUACUAAAAAAUCUUUGGUUAAAAUUAUUAAAAAUUAAUUUACAAAGUA